UUUAGCUAUAUAAAGAAUAAAUAAUACAAAGAAUUUUUUCCAAGCAAUGUGAGAGUGUAUACUAGUUUUAUGAGCUAGACCUCUCCUUACUAAAGGUGAAUGGUUUCUUUUUAUAGUGAGAGAUGAUGAAGUAGUUAUGAAGAUAAAUAUGGUAGUUUUGCAAAAUUGAUUGUAAUGUCCUUCAUGUUGGGCUUUGUGGAGGCUUGUUUGUCGGCCCGGCCCAGUUGUGCGUAGCCCUAGCUUUUCUCUAUAUAUAGAGAGCUGGUAUUUUGUAAUCUUUGGCACCACAAGUGAAAUAAGAAAAUACCACAAGUGAAAUAAGAAAAUCCUCCUGUUGCAGCCGUGGAUUAGGGAAACCUAACCAUGUUUCUCGCAGUUAUUUGUGUGUGUUGUGUGUUUAUGGUAUCAGAGAUAGGUUGUUCAACACAAGAACACGAAUAGCGAGAAGCUGUCACCUAGGGUUUGCAGAUCUUGGAUUGUCCGUUUGAGAAAGAGAAGUGUGCGCCGCCGGUUACCAGAAGGGGAGAUCUGCGCAGCUGUUCGCCAUAGUCUGCGAGCCGCCGCUGCAUCCCUUCGUAGCGCCGCCGUCGACCUCUUAGAUCGCCGCCGUCCGCGUGCCGUCAACCGCACGCAGAGGAGCUGCCUGCCUGCCUCCGUUUCAGAUCAAGAGCGCCGCCGACCCAGUGGCAGAGCCGUCUCCGUCCAGUGGGUCGCCAUCGCCGUCCGAGCCGCCGCCGUUGGUCAUGCGCAGAGGACCGUGGCGUUAGAAUCGCGCAGCAGCGGGAGAGGAAUUCGCCGCCUCGUCGUUCAGAUCGCAGAAGAGGUACUGCCGCCCGCCGUCCAGCCGUCAACCGCCACCGCGAGCAGGUGUCGUCCGACCGCUCGCCGAGCCACCGCCGAAGUCCAGUGUUGGUUGCCGUCUGAAUUGCACAGCCGCCAGAAAGAAAAAAGGAAAAAAUACCAAGAUCUAAAAUUAGUUGUACUGGGUAUCUCGUCUAGUCGUUUGAGAUGGCAGAAGACGGGAAGUUUCGAAUUGAGAAGUUCGAUGGUACAGAUUUCAGUUGGUGGAAGAUGCAAAUUGAAGAUUUGCUGGUUCAGAAAGAUUCGGACGUGGUAUUGGGUGACAAGCCAGAAAAGAUGUCGGAUGCAGAUUGGGCAAGUUUGGAUCGGAAAGCUAUGUCCGUGAUCCGUCUCUUGUUGACCAAGAAUGUUGCGUUCAACAUUCUGAAGGAGAAGACAGCGAAAGGAAUUAUGGAAGCGUUGUCUAACAUGUACGAGAAGCCAUCUGCAGCGAAUAAAGUUUUUCUGAUUAGAGAGCUGGUGAACACAAGGAUGAAAGAAGGCACUUCAGUUACCGAGCAUAUCAACAAGUUGAAUUCGAUCUUAGCCAGACUUUUGUCAGUGGGCAUUAAGUUCGAUGAUGAAGUUCAAGCUUUACUACUGCUAUCGUCUUUACCUGAUAAUUGGUCCGGAACGGUUACAGCGGUUACCGGUUCAGUGGGAUCUGAUGGAUUCACCUUUGAUCAGAUUCGAGAUCUCGUUCUUGGCGAGGAUGUCAGAAGAAAGAGUUCAGGGGAGUCAUCUGGUGAAUUGCUUCAUGUUGGUAGAGACAGAAGAAAUAGCAGAGGUAGUGGGAGCAGGAACAGACAAAGGAGUCAGUCGAAGACUCGUGACAGCUCAGGUGUAACGUGCUGGAAAUGCAAGGAGGUGGGGCAUUUUAGGAAUCAAUGUCCGAAUGAUAAGAAAGUAAACAUUGCUCAAGGCUCUGCGAGUGACGAGGAGGUUGCUCUGACUUGCUGUGAGGAAAGCAAUGUGGAUUCCUGGGUCAUGGAUUCUGGUGCUUCAUUUCAUGCCAUCCACAGCGGUGAAGCAUUGCAGAAUCUGGUUAUUGGAGACUUUGGAAAGGUACGACUAGCAGACGACAGAGCGCUUGAGGUGACGGGCAUGGGUGACAUGGUGUUGAAGACCUCAGUCGGUCUCUGGACUUUGAAGGAUGUCAGAGUGGUUCCAGCUUUGAAGAAAAGUUUGAUUUCUGUCAGGCAGCUGGACGAACAGGGACAUGAGGUAAAGUUCAGAGAUGGGCAGUGGAAGGUCGUGAAGGGAAAUCUUGUCAUGGCCCGUGGAAGGAAGAGUGGUUCGUUGUAUAUGGUCGAGUUACCAUCUGAGGGAGUGACCGCCCCAGUUCAGAAGAGAAACAAAGUCCGGUUCACAGAGUCUCGUGGGCAGAAUAAGGUUGUCUAUGCAAGAGAGAAACCUAGAGCCACAGGUCAGACUCAGGAUGAACGAGCGAGGAAAGGUUCAAGGAGGCAAGUCAGAUGUAUUUGUGGCAGUGGGAGCUCAAAUAGCACUUCGGCCAAGUUGCCUAGAAGACAGUGGGUCAGAAGAACCAGUAUUCCAGCUGUUGGAACAUCUCCGGAAAAUUUCUUGCUGAGUACGGAGAUUGUUUGUUCUCAGGAUGUUCCAGGAUCCGGCAGUGUGCGUCUGCAGUGGGAGCCGGUAGGGACCGAGGAUGAGUCAGGGGCAGAUUUUGCCGUGACUGAUGUGUUGGAGCUUGGGAGAGCUUCAACGGGCCUUUCAGUUGUCUGAUGAUAGGGCUGCUGCAACAGGAAAGCUGAGGAAGAUUACUCGAUGUAUAGGCAAUCGUGGUGAAUGGCAGUUGAUGACUAUCAAGCCUCCAAGUGGGAGAAUGUUGGGCUUUGUGGAGGCUUGUUUGUCGGCCCGGCCGAGUUGUGCGUAGCCCUAGCUUUUCCCUAUAUAUAGAGGACUUGUAUUUUGUAAUCUUUGGCACCACAAGUGAAAUAAGAAAAUCCUCCUGUUGCAGCCGUGGAUUAGGGAAACCGAA